AAUACGGCUCCGCGUUUAUUGUACAUUGUAACAAUAACCACAUGCUAUACUGAAGUUUAUAAUCAUAAUACAUUAUUACACAUAUUUUCACUGAAAUACAAUCUGAACUACAAAAAUAACAAUUGUAUUUUAUAUUUUGUAUAUUUAAUUUAAAAAGGAAAAACAAAAAUGAGUGUUAACAAAGCAAAAUUAUCAAAAAGUAUUUUAGAAAUGAAAUUUAUGAAACGGACGAAAGAAAAAGUAGAGAAACAGCAAUUUCACGAAGAAGGUGAAGAAUAUUUUGGAAAUGAACUGACAAAACGUAUGAAAAAAGAUUCAGAAAGAUUUGUCAUUGAACCUAGUUAUAUCUUCUGUGAGAAAUUAAUCGAUGGCAGAGUAAGUUUUCAAGGAAUGAAUCCUGAAAUAGAAAAAUUCAUGGAAGAGGAACGGAACAAUGAACAUACGGAGGUGGAAGAAAAAGAAGAAGUAGAUAUUUCAGAUGAGCAAUUGGCAAAAAAUUGGAAAAAUUAUAGGAAAAUGACAAAGAUUGAACAUAAAUAUGAAAAAUUAUUAAAAAAACAUAAGGAUUAUGAACUAUCACCAAAGAAAUCAAAGUUUCUGAAACCACAAUAUUAAUAUUUUAUAAGAAUGAUUUAUAUGUGUAUAUAAUUAAUCUUAAUAGAAAUUUUUAUGUAAAUA